AUGAAUUUAAAUAAUACUAUACCGACACCAGCUAACAAUAUAGCUCGGCCAAUUCAACGAAGUCAAGACUUUUAUAAUCAUAAUGAUUAUUCAAGUUAUACAAGUCAUUCAAGAUCAUCAUAUAACAUCGAUCCAGAAUUAGUCCAUAAUUCGGAUUAUAUGCCAUCAAGCACUCCAAUUCAAUCAAAUUUCACGAAUUCAAACUUGACAUACAAUACUCAUUCAAAUAAAAAUAUCAAUAGAUUACAAAUCUCAUUUAAUGGCACAAAUAAUUCUGAAGCAAGUUCCAUGAUAUCCGAAAAUUCUAUUAUGUUAGAACAACAACAUAAAAGCUUAUCACGAGCAACUACAAUGUCAUUAGAUGAUAUAUCGGAUUUAUAUUCAUCAACAUAUCAAGAUAAAGACCCAUCACAGCAACAUAAUUCUUACAAUCAUCAGAAAGAAAAUGAUUUAAAAUCAAAUUUACGACACCAACAUGUACUACAUUCUCCAGUAAAUUCUCAUCAUAAUACGGCUACUCGACAACCUGAUAAUAAUUCACAAGAAUUAACUUUUUCUGACGAGCAAUCGUUAGUUAAUUGGUUAUGCACACGACCUGAUUUGAUCACACAAGUACAAAGUUUAACAGCGUCUUUACCAAACAAGGCUGAAGUUAAUCUCUUGGAGCCGACGGAUAAAGAAAUUAUAAUAAAUCUUGUCAUGGAACAAUGCAAACUUCUGUUUUUACGCACACGAAAUCCUUCUAAAAAAAUACGUGAAAAACUGAUUAAGAAAAUUGUUCCAUCAAUGGACCCAGUGACUAAAGAAUUUAAACUGCUAUAUCGGAAAACACGUGAAUACUUUGAUAAUUUUAGAUGUACAUUUAAUAAGGAUAUGACAGCUCUUGCCAAGGAUUUACUUGUUAAAAACUGUGAUCCAACAGAUGAAAAUAUCAAACAAUUCGUUGCUGGUAAAGUCUGGCGACAAAAACUUAGCAAAUACCUUGAAGCCAGUGACUUCUCAGAGUUUAAAAAAUCUCAAUCUUCGCUCAAGUCACUUGAAAACUUUAUUGCUGAAAGUUUGAAAAUCCACGUCGAUUAUCAGAUUGCAGUUCGUAACAAAGAAAAACCAUCCUAUAGUGAAAAUGUCUUGACAAAAAUUAAGAAGCUCGAUCAACUUACUCUUCAUAUAACUAUUCCAUCGGCAAGCCAACGAAAUUGUGCAAAUGAAUUAGAUCUUAAUCAAAUUGAUGCAGAGUCUUCAGAUAACGAAUAA